GUUUUGAUGUUUACAUUGAAUAUGAGUUUAGAUUUGUUUUGACUUUUAAUAACAUUUAGCAUUGAAUUUGAUUACAAGAGACAUACAAGACAUGGAUGUAAUGGAUGUGACCAUCGAUGCCAACGAUAUCUUUGAACAAAUUGUUAACCAAAAUAAAUGUUUACAAAACCAAAUCAAAUUGUGUAAACAAUUGAAUGAAUUUUUAGUAAAUUGUGUUAAAUGUUGUCUUAUUUGUCAACAAAAUCAAGACAUCAAUCAAAGGUUAGAUCAAUACGAGAGUCAAAUGAAGUUAUUGAAGACUAAUGAGUCGGAUCUAAUGAGUGAUGUCAAUGAUCUCUAUGGAAAUAAUGUUGAUAUUAAAAAUUGUGAUUAUAAUGAUUGUAAUAAUAAUAAUUAUGUAAAGAAAAGUCACAAAAGACACAAAUUGAAGGAAAAGUCAUUAAAGAGACCAAAGAAGAAGUCCGUGAAAAUGAUUACCAAAAGUAAAUCCAGUGAUCUAUCGGACGAAGAAAGUGAUGACAAUAAGGAUAUCGCAAAUGAUCCACAAAUAGAUGAUAAUAAUAAUGAUUAUGACUUUAUGAGAGACCAAUUAUUUAAUGAUUCAAAUAAAUUGCAACGAAAAGUGAUGAGAGAUAAAUUGCGAACAAUAGACAAUCAAUAUAAAUGUGAUUCAUGUAAUUAUUUUCAUCACGAUUUCUAUGUAAUUGAGGGCCACAUGAAUGAGAUUCACCUAAAGAUUAAGCCAUACAAGUGUCACAUUUGCCAUAAAAAGUUUUCAAGAAUGGCUUAUCUUUCUCAUCACAGAACAAAUUAUCAUCAUUUGGUAUCUCAAAGAUCAUUGCAUUCAUUUAAGUGUCAAUAUUGUGGUUUAACUAAGAAACGAAAGUUUGAAUUAAGAAAACACAUUGAAACGGAUCACUUGAAGAUCAGACAGAUUUGUCAUAUUUGUGAGAAAACAUUUAAAAAUAAAUAUGCAUUGAAUGCACACUUGAAGUUACAACAUAUCAGUUCUCAAGACUUGGUUUACUAUCCAUGCGAUUGGAAGGACUGUCUGUUUAAAAGUAAAACUAAAGCAAACUUAAAAAGACAUCAAAUGAUGCAUUUAGAUAUUAGACAAUUUGAGUGUCAAUGGCCCGGUUGUGAUCAUAAAAGCAGAGAUAAAUCAAAUCUAUCCGAUCAUAUGAGAACACACGGCGAUCAACGAGACUAUCGGUGCGAAUGGCCGGGCUGUGAGUUUGCCUGCAAAACAAGACAAAGCUUUUGGGGCCAUAAAGUAUCGGCUCAUUUGGAGAAACCAUUUAAUCAUAGUUGUCAUUGGCCUGAAUGUAGCAAAAAAUUUAGCACAAAAAACCGUUUAAAUCGACAUUUAGCUACACAUACGAGUCAGCCCAACAUUCCGUGUCCAUUGUGUAGUAAAUUAUUUCGUGCAAAGAGAUAUUUAACGGCUCAUUUAAAUAAUUGUCAUAAUGGAUAUAGACUAUAAUUUUUAAUUU